AUGUUAUGUUUGCAAAAAUUAUUAGAUGUAUCAGCUGCUGAAGACUCCACUGAAGAAACAGAUGAUGAAGAUGUUAUUUGCAGAACUUGCAAGAAAUGGUUCACAUCUGAAUUUACUUUAAUGAAGCAUAGAAUGUGGCACCAUAAGUCUGAACUUGGAGUUUUCAAAUAUAAUUGUGACAAAUGCCCAUAUGCUACUAAUGCUAGUUCAAGUCUCAAAACUCAUGAAGGCGUGCAUGCACUUAAUCGUCCAUAUAAAUGCCGAUUUUGUGGAAAUGGUUUCAAGGCACUUAGCAGUUUAAAUAAUCAUAUAGUUAUUCAUGUUGGGGAAAAACUUCUUGUGCAUCACGUUAUGCCUCGUCAUUAA